AUGUCUCAUCGAGAAACUCAAGCCAUGACCCUCUGCAAACUGGACUCCUACCCGGCUGAUGCAACAAUCACACGAAGAAAUAAUAAUGGCUACGACCACGAUUCUGACAAAGAAGAUACUGAAGCCUUUAUUAAAAAUGACUCUCAAGUGGACAUGAACGAUGAAGAAAUCCAAUCUUUCCGAAAUCUUUCGCAUAAAAUUCAGGAACUGGAGACGUCUCUCGACAAGUACUACGCCGAGAACAAUAUUUAUGCGAAAUUCAUCGAGUUUGAUGAGUAUCUUGAGACCCGCGCAUCCUCGAAACAAUUCAUCAGAACCGUUGAUCUGAACAGAUUGAACUCGUUUCUGAUGACUUUGGUUUGUGCUGGGACUCUAGGAUACUUCUACAUCUGGCGACUUCUCUUCGUUUCGAAGGGUAUCAAUUGCAAACUGCCUGAGGUCUACUGGUACAAAUACAUGCCAAAAGCCUUGAACAUUUCGGAAGGACCCCAAGAAGAGCAGACAUGGACCACGACCAAAUGCUACUUCAAGAGCUUGGGCACUUGGGAACGAUUCGCGGAGAUUCUCUUUGUCCUCUAUGUUUUCAUGGCUUUGUUUCAGAUCUUUUUUGCCCGCAGCUCAUCUCUAAAUUGGAAGAAGGCUGAUCGACUCAUCAAAUAUCUUCCUCUGAACAUUGCCCUCAAACGAAACUCAGUGACUGACCUGCAUCUUUUGAUUGCAAAAGUUUCUGAAAACGAAAAUGCCAGAAAGUCAAUUGCCAUGUGCGACAAGGUUCUCUCGGCCUUGGAAAAAUACGAGCAAGAGGAAAAAUUCCUGCCUGUUCUGAUGGAAGUCAUCGUUUGGUCUGCGACAGACGAAAAGGUUGGCGAUAUCGUCAAGAAAGUCCUCCAGCCGAAAGACAAAUAG